GCUUUCCAAUUCCUUGACACUAUAGAAAAAGGGGAGAAAUGGGAGUAUAUAUCAGUCUUGAAAACUAGUCAAUGUAGUGGAAUACUUGUCCAUUUCUGCUCCUAAGCUCCUCCCCUUAUUUUAUCCCCCACAUCAUUAGCUCUUGCUUAUGCUUCUUCCCCUCCCUUAUUCUCCCAUCACACUCUCCUCCUCUUCUUCCUCCCUGGUUCCUAACUCCUCUACCCCACAUCAUUCCAAUCCUAUCAUGGUGGUGGUAGAGAAAUAUAGAGAGAGCUAGAAGGGGAAGAGAAGAGAGAAGAUUUCUAGCUUAAUUAGAAGGGUUGUUACUAUGGGGGAGGUGAAGGAGAAUGAGGUGGUAGAGAUUUUUGAGCAUGAUCAUGACAACAAGAUCAGAUCUCCUGAAAACUCUGUGCCACCAGCCAUGGUGCUGGACCUCAACGAGGGCUUCGGCGAGGGCAGCGAGGAAGGGGGAGUUGGCGAAGACGGAGAUGAAGAAGACGAUGAUGAGGACGACGACGACGACGACGAUGACGAUGGCGGUAGCACAAGCGAAGUUGCCGGAGGAGGGAGGAGCUCCAGCAACAACAGCAGCACCAACCACAAUUCCGGGAGCGACAAGGACCAUGACAUGAACAGCAGCAGCAGCAAGGCCGACGGCGGCGGCGACAGGGUGCCGACGGUGCGGCAGUACAACCGGUCUAAGCUCCCCCGGCUCCGGUGGACGCCCGACCUCCACAUGGCGUUCGUCCACGCCGUCGAGAGGUUGGGCGGCCAAGAAAGAGCAACACCAAAGCUUGUGCUUCAGAUGAUGAAUGUGAGGGGGCUCAGCAUUGCUCAUGUCAAAAGCCAUUUGCAGAUGUACAGAAGCAAAAAGCUAGACCACGAGUCUGGCCACGAGAGAGGAGCCAUCUCAUCAGUGUUUUCGCCCAUGGAGUUCCACAUGAGGAGAGGGGACCAUCGUUUCCACCACCACGACAUGUUCUUCCAGCGAGCCGCCGCCGCUGGCGUCUCGCCGUUCUCCUCCAGGAUGCUGCACGAGAACGGCGGCGGGUUCUUCGCUUCGAGGAAUCCCGGCUUGCCGGAGUCCAGCCGGCUCUACGGUCUCUUCCAACGCCGGCAGCAAGCUCCCAUGCAAAAAUUCGACUUCAAGAACUGCAAUAGCUUCAGGAACCAGGAGUGGGCGUUCAACCAGCAGCACGCGGCGGCGAGGGCCGCCGGCGCCGUCAACGGCCACGGCCCGGCGAAAGGGCUCAUCCACGAGAUGAUCUUCCGGAAGGAAGGAAAGCCGACGUCGCAUCUGUUCGACGUGAGGGACGCCAUCGCCUCCACCCGGGUGACCUCGGCGACCACGGCCGCCGCCGCCGACCACCGGCUAGACGGCGCCGGGAAGGCCGGCAACUUUGAUUGGAUCGGGAGCAGCUCCUCCCGGCCGCUCACGAGGACAAUGUCAGCGGCGGCGGCGGCUACCAUGGGCGACCACCACCAUCUUCGGUGGCGAGGCGGCGCCGCCGGCAGCGGGAACACGACGGCGUCGUCGGAUCCGGUGGUCGCAAGCGAAGCUGCCCUAGGUUCCCUGCUCGAGAGGGCAAAGACGAAAGCGACCGAGGCGAUGCGCCUCGAGACGCCGGUGAAGAUGACGGCGGCGGCGGUGGCGGCGGAGGAGAUCAACGGCAGGACGCCGGACUUGCAGCUGAGUUUGAGCCCGAACGCGGGAGAUCACAGAUCAGCCGGCGAGAAGAGGAAGUUCUUGAGUGAGCAGGAGGUGGACAGUGACAAGCAGCAGCUGCCACUCACGCUUUCCCUGUCGCUCCGGGGUGGUGGCGACAAUGGCGGCGGCGGCGGCGCAGAAGCCGCCGGGAGGUUAGAGGAAGAGAUGACAGGUAGCAGCAGUAGCAAGAAGGCCGCUCUGGGGCUGAGUACUUUGGAUCUGACCAUGUCGAUCAAGGCAUUGGAGUGAGAUCUUUCAAGUACUUGUCCCAAGGCCUUCCAAGACAUGCACACUGCACCAUGAGAUUAAUUAUUAAUAAGACUGUUAAUUUUGUUUAACCAUGCUUCCAGACCAUAUAUAAUACAUAUAUAUCUUAUGUUCAGAGUGACAUGCAUUAGCUGGGUGUGGGACUGGUUCUAGCUAACUUUCUAUUCAUAUGGUCACAUGCAUGAUCAGACCCAUUUUUUGUCUUGGUAUCAUUGGGAAGUAUAUCUUAUUAUAUGAAAUGCAAAUUUAAAAUC